AUGUGCGCCCAGGAGGACAGCUUCGACGAGACGCGCGGCGGCACGCACUCGCUCGCGGACCAGGUCGCGCGCUUCGCCAAGGCCAAGAAGGACAACAACGCGCGCUACCUCGACAUCACCACGGUAUACGACGGGAGCUCGCUCAAGGGCAAGCGCGUCCUCGUGACCGGCGGCGAGCAGAACCUGGGCCUCGAGCUCAUGAAGGAGAUCGUCGCCCAGGGCGGCGAGGCGAUCAGCGCGUCGCGCGCGACGAGCGCGGACCUCGACGCGCUCAUCGCGUCGAGCGACGGCAAGGCGUCCGUGAUCCCGGGCAUCGACGUCACGAAGGACGAGGCCAUGGCGACGCUCGUCGCCGGCGUCGCCGAGCCCGUGGACAUGGUCAUCAACAACGCGGGCUACUUCUACGGCCCCGCGGAGUCGGUCGGCGUCGGCGAGAACGAGGGCCACCUCAAUUUCGCGCAGGAGCUGCUCAUGAUCGACAUUUGCUCCGUCGGGCCCCUGCGCGUCUCGUCGGCGCUCUUCAAGGCGGGCAAGAUCAAGGAGAAGGUCAUCAUCAUCACGUCGCAGGCGGGCUCGUGCGAGUGGCGGCUCACGCAGAACCCGCCGGGCUCCCUGGACACGUCGAACCCCUUCACGGGCAACUACGGCCACCACAUGAGCCGCGCGUCCUGCAACAUCAUGGGCGUCAUCCUCUCCCAGGAGCUCAAGCCCGCGAACGUCUCCGUGCAGCUCGUCCACCCGGGCUUCUGCCGCACGUCGAUGACG